AACAAUCGAUGCAUGUAAGGUCAGGCUUGUCAUAUAAAACAAGAAGCUUGUUGUCAACUCAGUGACAUUUGUAUUUCAAAAUGGCGAUGUUCAGCUUCUUGGUCAUCUUAGCGUCCUCUCAGCUGUUGGUCCUGGUGAAUGCUGUACCAGCCUCUGAGGCCGAGGUGGACGUAAAAGAGAUUAUGAAGAAGUGCAACGAGAGCAAUCCUAUCGACGCUGAGUAUCUGGAUCAGCUCAACAUGACUGGCAGUUUCCCCGAUGAGAACGUUAGAUCAGCCAAGUGUUUCAUCCGCUGUGUGUUUAUGGAAACCGGAGUGAUGGAUUCUGAUGGAAAGUUGGUCGCCGCUAAGUUGAAGGAGGCGUUCGGAAAGCGUCAGGGUCCAGUAGCCGUCAAAACCGCCGAUCUGGAAAUGUUCGUGGACAAUUGUAUAGCUGCGGAUGCUGACGUCACUUGCCAGUGUGAGAGAGCUUACCGUUUCUCCAAGUGCCUCAUGACAGAGCCGAAGAUGUUCGGGAGGCUGGAGGAAGCGGAAGAUGAUGGCGACGGCUCUAUCCGAGACGCGAUUACCAGCUUCCUGCGUGACAUGGGCCACACUGUGCUCUCAGUUCUGAACAUCCUCAACCAAAUCCGGGAGGUGGUUUCGUCCGCUUUGUCGGGCUGACUUGACACAGGGCGGGCUGCUUCUUCUCAAGUGCAAAUAUUACCACGCCAUUCAGGCGAUACACUCAUGGCCUGGGGGUGGGGGGCGGUAGUCUGUAUUAAUAUCCACAACAAUAUUGAACAUUAUAGUCAAGAUAUUUUCCAAGCGCACAAAGCGCAGGCUUUCGCGAUUUGAUUUCGAUGUAUAAGUUUGGCUUUCAGUGAUGAGUCGCGUAAAAUUCUAUACUUUUCCAACGUUCCGGCAAACAAAAUAAUUUUUAAACCGAUAAAAUGUAAAUUAAUACAAAUUUGCAUAACUCUUGUUUGUUUAAUUACAAAAUAGUAUAUUUUGUAAGAAAACAUCGAUUAUGAUGCCCAUUUAAAGUCUGGAAGAAAUUUGUGUCACUCAGGUUGCUGUAGUCGCAAGAGACAAUUUAAGUUAAUCAGGAAUUAAUAUUAAUGUUCUAUAUACAUAAGAAACUUUACAAAUAAAUAUUGUAUAUGUGUUUGAAACUCGUUACUAUAUUGUUCCAGUUG